GCAAGAAUUGAAGAAAGAAACGAACAAUAGAAAAGGUGGUUGCGAACUUGAGCAAAGGAAGGAAGGCACGUAUCAAAAUUGAGUAGGCAACAUUAUUCAAUAAAGAUUCCCAUCUUUAAACACGGGGAUUGGUCAUGAACAUAUGUAAUCAGUAAUCCAACUCCUUCUCUUGAUGAGGAAAAGAUCGACAGAAAAGAGUCAAAACCCAUCAUUAAACUAGGUUUUUCUCAAGUGGGUCAUUGCUAAAGUAGAGCAGGAAGGUUGCCGCUGCGUACUGCAAAAGGAUUAGUAUAACAUGAUAGGCUGGAUCAAUCAGUUACGGAUCGCAUUUGGGGCUUCGUUUCUUUGGCUUGUUUGCUUGAUUUAUUUUACCCAGGGUUUCAGGUCUUUUGUCUGGACAGCAGUCUCUUAUCAGCUAAAAGACAAUCUCAAGUUAUCACCCUCAGCCUCCCAGUUUGUGUCUUCAAUUGCAAUUUUUCCAUGGAGCAUUAAACCACUAUACGGAAUCUUGUCUGAUUGCAUACCAAUCAGAGGAAGAAAGCGGAUUCCAUACUUGAUCCUUGCAACUCUGCUCGCUCUUGGUCCAUGGCUCAUGUUAGGUGUAAGUGCAUCCUUGAGGAGCUCAAGGGUGCAUCUCAUGAUUCUUUUGACAGUUCAAAACCUGGGUUCUGCAAUGGCUGAUGUAGUAAUUGAUGCGAUGAUUGCUGAGGCAGUAAGGCUUGAACGGGCCUCUUUUGCUGGGGAUCUCCAGUCAGUAUCUUGGAUGGCCAUGGCUUUAGGAGGAAUUUGUGGAAGUUUGCUCGGAGGAUAUGCCUUAGAAAAUUUGCAGAUUGACAAAAUUUUUCUACUUUUUUCUGUGUUACCAACCAUACAGCUAUUUUCUUGUGGUUUGGUCAAGGAGAAUUCCUUUCUGCCUGAACCGUCUACAUCAAAUGGUUUGCAGACAAGGAGUCAAAGGGUUCUUGAUGAGGAUAAGUUCUCUAACAUGUCCAAAACCAUCACCUUGAGGCGAAAGAAGGGCCACAAAAACACCAAAAAGGAAGCACCAGUUGAAAGUGAAUUUGAGAUUUCUGGAAAAGAUGUUUCUUUAGCAUCGCAAUGGCUCCGUUCUCUGAAAAUGGCUUGUUCUGCAUUGUUUAAGGCUUUCCGUCAACCAAUGAUUUUAAGACCAAUGGCAUGGUUUUUCUUAGCAAAUGUAACUGUUCCAAACCUCUCAACUAUCAUGUUCUAUUAUCAGUCAGAGGUCCUAAACUUGGAAGCUUCAUUUUUGGGCACAGCUCGUGUUGUUGGUUGGUUAGGUCUCAUGUUGGGAACCUUCAUCUAUAAUCGCUACUUGAAGAAAAUGAAUUUACGAAGAAUUCUUAUGUGGGCUCAUGUUGGUCUGGCAUUGUCAAGCCUUCUGGAUGUGGUUUUGGUGUCUCGAUCUAAUACUUCAUUAGGCAUAUCUGAUAAAGUUAUGGUGCUAGGCGGGUCUGUUCUCGCAGAUGGUAUCAAUCAAUUCAAGUUCAUGCCCUUCCUUAUCAUGUCAGGACAACUUUGCCCUCCUGGAAUUGAAGGAACUUUAUUUGCCCUCUUCAUGUCAAUAAACAACUUGGGCUCUACGGUGGGAUCAAUUGUUGGUGCUGGUCUUGCUUCACUUCUAGAUAUUUCUUCAGGAUCAUUUGACAACCUUGCUUUAGGAAUUACUAUUCAGGUUCUCUGCACUUUUAUCCCCAUAUUGCUCCUAUUUUUGAUACCAAAGGAAGCAACUGGGAUACCAGCAUAGUUCCGUGAUACAAUCAAGUUUACAGUGGGAUUCCUGAUUCACAAAACUGCCUGCUGUCUUCUCUCAUUUGUCCAUUUUUAUUUGGUCUGAAAGUAGAACAAGCAGGCAGCUAAUUUUAUUAAGAAUGUAGUUUUUACAAGCGAUUUUUGUCGAGAGCAUAGUUUUAACCACAGGUGAUUUUGUAAUACUAGUUUUCUUUUGGCAGAGAAUGUAGAACAUCUGAAUAGACAAUAUAGGAUCCCUAUGCAGUUGAUUCUCCUACAAAAGAAACAGUUAUAGUAAAAGAUGCUGUUGAGAUGUGAAGAUUGUUGUGUAUCUGUGACUUCUGUUACAUUUAUUUAAAUCUUGAUGGAUUCUGACGUUGCUCCA